GCUCCAGUAGCACAACCCUCUGCAUCAGCACUUUUCUCUGCCUCUGUGUGUGUGUGUGUGUGUGUUUAUAUACUCUAUGUGCGAAUAUGAGGGGUCGGUGUGCGCACGUAUGCAUGUGUCCUGGCAAAAGCCUGAAUAAUUGAUGAGGAGCAGGGGAAGGAGUAAAAGCUCUGCCGGACUGGACGGUGUGUGUGUGUGAGUGUGUAGAGAUGGGGGAGAAGGACACAGCGUGGCAGGAGCCUGGCUACGACGGGCUCUGCAACUACGCCCAAAAAAUCACCUCCUGCUUCGGACUGGAUGUGGCUCAUGCGCAGAACACACACCACCACUCCACAGAGAAGCCCCUGAUUCAGUGCUACAAGUGUGGGGAGCCAUGUAAGGGCGAGGUGCUGCGGGUGCAGAACAAGCACUUCCACCUCAAGUGCUUCACCUGUAAAGUAUGCGGCUGUGACCUCGCCCAAGGGGGCUUCUUCAUGAAGAAUGGAGAGUAUUUGUGCACGCUGGACUACCAACGCAUGCACGGCACCCGCUGCAAUGGCUGUGGGGACUUUGUGGAGGGGGAAGUGGUCACUGCCCUGGGCAAGACCUACCAUCCUGCCUGCUUCGUCUGCACCAUCUGCAAACGACCGUUCCCUGCCGGGGACAGGGUGACCUUUAACGGGAAGGACUGUCUGUGUCAGUACUGUGUCGAGCCCAUGUCUCCAGGACCAAAGGACAUACUGGGCUCCAGCAAUUGUGCAGGAUGUGGUCGAGACAUUAAGAACGGACAGGCUCUUCUAGCACUGGACAGACAGUGGCAUCUGGGCUGCUUUAAGUGUAAGGCUUGCAGCAAAGUGCUGACCGGGGAGUACAUCAGCAAGGAUGGCGCCCCCUACUGUGAGAAGGACUACCAGAUCCAUUUUGGAGUUCAGUGUGAGGCAUGUCAUCAGUUCAUCACAGGGAAGGUGCUAGAGGCAGGAGAUAAGCAUUACCACCCUAGCUGUGCGAGAUGCAGCAGGUGCAAUCAGAUGUUCACAGAAGGAGAAGAGAUGUAUCUGCAAGGAUCAACAGUCUGGCAUCCUGGCUGCAAGAACACCACUAGGACAGAGGAGAGACACAGGGAGCGGCCCACGAGGUCGUCAUCCGAAAGUAUUUGUUCCAGACCUGGUUCAAGCAUACCUGGCUCACCGGGUCACACGAUCUAUGCAAAAGUAGACAAUGAGAUCCUUGAUUACAGAGACCUAGCUGCCAUUCCAAAAGUCAAAGCCAUUUAUGACAUUGAGCGCCCUGAUCUUAUUACCUAUGAACCUUUGUACACCACCUCCCUGGAUGAGAGAGAGGAGAGACAAGAGAGUGUGGGAGAGCUCCACACUGCCAGGAGAGAGCGCUCCCCCAUGCCUGAUGACAAGUCCUCAAGAAACAUGUCGCCAACCCCACCCGGUGAGGGCUCUUAUGACAGGAGGGAACGCAUUCUCCAAAGGUCCACCAGUCAGGGCUCCAUAGGAUCGCCAGUUUAUAAUCGCCAUGGUUACACCCCCACUUUGUCACGGUCGCCGCAGCAUUUUCACAGGCCAGAGGCUCUGACAGGCAUGCAGAAGCUCUGCUCCUCCCUGUGCAGUAACAGUGUGGGCUCCAGAAAUAGUGACUCCCGCCCCACUUCCCCUUUCAGACACCACUUCCUCCCCCAUAGCCAAGGCACUGACCCGCCGAGUGGCCGGAGCUCCCCUCUCCCACUCAGGCCCGACAGCCGGCCGGUCACUCCGCCUCUCUCUCAGACCCCUAAACAUUUCCACCUCCCAGAUCAGGGGAGCAACAUCUACAGAAAACCACCCAUCUACAAACAACACGAUACAGCUGCCAUAGCACACCAAAUCAAGUCUGCUGAUGACAUCAUCAGAUCCGCCACCUUCCCCGCUGCCCAUGCUCCCUCUCCAGAUGACAGCUCACGGAGCGAGGGCAACCAUUGGCCCUACUCUCUCGCUGUAUUAGGUUCAGAAGGGAGGAGACGAUCCAGAGAAGAGGAGGAGGAAGAGGCCUUGAAAAAAAAACAGCUCCAGGAGGAACAUCUCAGCAAGAUUCAGUCUGGUUUGGGAAAGCUCAUUCUGAAGGAGGAGAUGGAAAAAGAGCAGAUCAGGGAGCGUCACGCACGUAGCCUGUCGGCUCAGCGCUACGACCCCAAACAGACCAACUGUGACGCAGAUCCAACCUCUCCCACCAAAACUAACUCCCUGCCUGGCUAUGGAAGGAAUGGGCUGCACCGGCCCCAGUCAACAGAUUUCACCCAGUACAACAGCUAUGGUGACAUGUGUGGAGGAGGCAGAGAGUUUCAGCACAUUAAGGAUGGCCGUGCAGCACUUGCAAGGAUGGACAGGGGAGUAUCUAUGCCUAAUAUGUUGGAACCAAAAGUGUAUCCCUAUGAAAUGCUCAUGAUAACCAGUAGAGGGAGAGCUAAACUGCCCAGGGAUGUGGACAGAACCAGACUGGAGCGCCACUUAGCACCUGAAACGUUCUUUGACAUCUUUGGAAUGCAGAUCCAGGAGUUUGACAGGCUUCCCCUGUGGAAACGCAACGACAUGAAAAAGAAGGCCAAGCUCUUCUAGCGCUCAGAGCAGCAUGCACAUACUGUACAUUCAUCCAGAUAGCACACAACAACUGUAAUCUAGAUGUAGGUUUUGGUUUCUUUCCUUUUCUUCUGUUUUUUUUUAUGUUUUAUCCAGGCAUAAUCAAGGAAGCUGUGAAAUGGACUCUCUUUUUGCUCUGAUGCUUCCUGAGACAAUGAGCUGAAUGAUUAGACUUGCCCAGGAAACAAGGAGUGGGAAUCUCUUCCAUGUUCAAAAAUGACAAAGAAUGAGAAUGACUGAUAAAUAGGGUCAUGUUAUUUGGUUUGACAGCGCUUGUUUUACUUCUUGCUUUGCUUUGAGUGGAAAUGCUUUCCUUUCUUUCUUGCUUGUUUCUUCCUACUAUUUGUUGCUGUUGAUUCCUGUGGAACUUUGUAAGUACAAUAGAACCUCAUGGCGCCAUUACGAGCUUGAACAUGUGUCAGCUUUCCUUUGCUUGGGCUGAAACAGUUUUAGUCCAAAGUUUGCAAGAAUUGGCUCAGUGAGUCUUUGAAUAAAAAAAAAGCCACUGGGAAAGCAGUGAGCUGACCCAUCAACUGUUUUACCGGAUCUACACGGAUAUGACUCAUCCAAGCACCUACACAUCGUUGGCCUCCUUCCCCUGCCUACUACACACGCCAAACAUUCAUCUGACCCUGACAAAAAGAAAAUGUCUCUCUUCUCAGGCUCUCAUAAACAUGGCCAGACACUUUCCCUUUACAUGUAUUGGAAGUACAAAUCUUAAUAUAUUUUAAUGCCGUAUCCAACAUACAGUAACAAAUAGAUAAAACACCUAAUGUAACAAGCAACUGUAUUUGAAAGUACUGUUUUAUAAAUGAAAACCCACACUGCCAUUUGUUGUAUUGAAAUCUAAGCCAAUAAAGCUUUAAAUCACCAUGAA